AUGCUCCUCCGCGCGGCUGCACGACCCCCGCCCAUAGCCCGUCUCGGCCGCCCCCCGUCUCUCCUGCGCACACGACCCUUCUCCUCCUCUGCCCUCACGCCUCCGCCCCCACGCCCGCGCUUCGUGCGCGUCCGCACCUUCGUCCGCUGGUCCGGCUACCUCGCAGGCUCCACCGUCGUCGGCGUCGCCAUCCUCACCUCCGCCAUCUUCCUCCACGAUGCCUUUACCUACAACACCCAGCACAUCGACGGCGUCCCCGUCUCGCCCCUCGCCCUCCACCCCGAGCGCGGCGGCCCCAAGAACCUCCCCGUCCUCCGUAGACUCCUCAGCGACUAUCAGGACGAAGAGAAUGAGGGCCUCGUCGACAAACCCCACCUUGUCAUCGUCGGUGGUGGUUGGGGUGCCGUCGCCAUCCUAAAUACCCUCCGCCCCUCUGACUAUCACGUCACCCUUGUCUCCCCCGACACGUACACCACAUUCACCCCGCUUCUCCCAUCCGCCGCCGUCGGCACCGUCCAGGUACGUUCCCUUGUCGAGCCGCUCCGCAAGCUUCUCGCACGUCUCCGCGGCCACCUCCUCAACGCCAGCGCCGUCGACCUCGUCAUGUCCGAGCGCCUCCUCGAGGUCGAGACCGUGCGCUCCGACGGCACCAAGGAGCGCAUAUACGUCCCGUACGACAAGCUGGUCAUAGCCGUCGGCUCGACGAGCAGUACACACGGCGUCCCCGGCCUCGAGCACUGCUUCCAGCUCAAGACGGUGCGCGACGCGCGGAAGAUUCGACAACGGAUACUGGACAACUUCGAGGCGGCGUCGCUCCCCACGACAACACCGGAAGAGCGUCGGCGGCUGCUCAGCUUUGUCGUGUGCGGCGGCGGUCCGACGGGUGUCGAGGCCGCGGCGGAGAUAUACGACCUGUGCCAGGAGGAUAUCAUCAACUACUACCCGAAGCUGUGCCGUGAGGAGGUCUCGAUACACGUCAUUCAAAGCCGGGAGCACAUCCUCAACACGUACUCGGAGGCCAUUUCGCGCUAUGCAGAGAACAAGUUCCUGCACGAUGACAUCGGGUUGAUCACGUCCGCGCGCGUCGCGGCGGUGCACGCGGACCACGUCGAGUACACGACGCGCGGGCCGGACGGCCAGGCGGUGCGGCACGAGAUCCCGACGAACUUUGUGCUGUGGAGCACGGGCAUCGCGAUGAACCCGUUCACGGAGCGCGUGUCCAACUUGCUGCCGAACCAGGUGCAUAAGAAGGCGAUCGAGGUCGACGCACACCUGCGCGUAAAGGGCGCGCCGGUGGGCGAGGUGUACGCGAUUGGCGACGCCAGCACGAUUGAGACGUCGGUCGUGAGCUACCUGUUGGAACUCGUCGACGAGGCGGACAAGAACAAGGACGGCAAGAUCGACUACGACGAAUGGCGCGUUAUGGUUAACCGUAUCAAGGCGCGCAUCCCGAUGGCGGAGUCGCAGCUCCAGAAGGUCCGGGAGCUGUUCGACCUGUACGACGAGGACUCGGACAACACCAUCACGCUGAACGAGCUCGCGGUGCUCCUGCAGGAGAUCGGGAACAAGAUCACGGCGCUGCCCGCGACGGCGCAGGUGGCGUCGCAGCAGGGCAAGUACCUCGGGCGGAAACUCACGAAGCUCGCGAAGCAGCGCGACGUGCUCAUCCAGAACGGACUCGCGUUCGGGCCCGGCGCGGACGAGGCGGUCUCGGGGGCCUUCAAGUACCUCCACCUCGGCUCGCUCGCGUACAUCGGCAAUGCGGCGGUGUUCGACCUCGGCAAGACGAGCUUCAUGGGCGGGCUGGCGGCGAUGUACGCGUGGCGCAGCGUGUAUUGGAGCGAGCAGGUGAGCUCGCGCACGCGUGCGCUGCUCAUGAUCGACUGGAUCGUCCGCGGUGUCUGGGGCAGAGACCUCUCACGGCUGUAG